AAUCCACACGCCAUGGCAAAGACUACGAUCCCUCUCCUCCUGCUUAGUAGUAUCCUUGUUGUUGCAAAUCAAGCCGUUGCAGCGACGACGCAAUUGUCCCCUGCCGCUGAAAAGUCCAUUAGCGACAUCAACUUAAAUGUCCAGAAGGUUAUCGAUGUUGUCGUCUCUGCCGCCCCACCGGACAAGCAGAUGGAAACACGGGAUGCCGCUUUGAAGCACCUCCAAACCAUCAAUUCCGCUCUCGCCAAGGUCAAGGAGUCUGGAGAUGAGAAGAAAAUCGCCGAAGUCGCUUUUAGGGUGGAGAUAGCCGCUGCCAUCAUCAGUCGUACACCGCCGGACAAGAAGCUCAAGGUGAUGGAGGACUCCUUCAACGAGGUAGCCGCACCCAGCCCGAUAGAUUGCCCCACCGUCGACAAGGCCUUCUGCGAGACGGAGUCCAAGAUUCAGAAGGCCUUCGAUGAAGUCGUCAUGGCUGCCCCAUUAGAGAAAAGGUUGGAGGUCAAAGCUGACCUCCUUAAGAAACCAGUGUACACCGCUGGCUCCACUAUCAACAAGGCAUAUGGGGAUGGAGAUGAGAAAAAGAUCGCUCAAGUCCUUGCUGCCUACAGUAAGGCAGCUGAUGCGGUCAUUGCGGCCGCUCCCGCUGACAAGCUCACCGUCAUGGAGAAGACCUUUGCCGCUGCCGCAGCUGGGAACUGAAGUAUUGAUUUAUCGAGUUGUCCACCUGUUUCAUCACCCCACCACUUCCUCGAUAUGAUAUAAGAGGAAUUAAUUGAGGCAAAACCUCCACUCCACCUAUUAUUUGAUCUCAUAAGGCUUGUCCAUGAGUUUUGAUAGACAAAUGUUUAUUUCUGCAAACUUUGUAAUAUUUGUGUUUUACUUUUUUAAAGAGCAAUUGUUUUUA